AUGGAUACAGUUUCAGGGCCUCAAGAGCAAUUUGAGUUGAUAACAAAAGGGUUACAGGAAGUUUUAAAUCCACAGAUUAUCCAGGAUGUGUUAGAGAAGGAGAAAAGACCCUUGAAGAUUUAUUGGGGUACUGCUCCUACAGGUAAACCGCAUUGUGGUUACUUUGUACCUAUGGUAAAAUUGGCCCAUUUCCUAAAAGCUGGUUGUGAAGUUACCGUGUUGUUGGCAGAUUUGCAUGCGUUUUUGGAUAACAUGAAGGCAUCGUUGGAGGUUGUUCAAUAUCGAGCCAAAUAUUACGAGUUUGUCGUUAAGGCGAUUUUGAGGUCGAUAAACGUUCCAAUAGACAAGUUGAAAUUUGUUGUUGGAUCAUCUUACCAGCAAAGCGCGCCAUACAUUAUGGAUCUUUUCAAAUUGUCAAACAUUGUAUCGCAAAAUAGUGCCAAAAAAGCCGGUGCAGAUGUUGUUAAGCAAGUGGCAAAUCCUUUGUUAUCUGGACUUAUUUACCCCUUGAUGCAAGCUAUCGAUGAGGAGCAUUUGGGAGUCGAUGCCCAAUUUGGUGGUGUUGAUCAACGGAAGAUUUUUGUUUUAGCCGAGGAGAAUUUGCCAAGUAUUGGUCAUAGGAAAAGGGCUCACUUGAUGAAUCCCAUGGUCCCAGGAUUGGGACAAGGAGGCAAAAUGAGUGCUUCAGAUCCAAAUUCAAAAAUUGAUAUUAUAGAGGAACCCAAAAUUGUCAAGAAGAAAAUCAACAGUGCUUAUUGUGCUCCGGGAGAUAUUAACAACGGAUUGAUUGCCUUUCUCGAAUAUGUGGUGCAGCCAAUCCACGAAUUGAAAACGGGAAAAGAUGGCUCUUUUGAGCUUAUCAUUGAAAGGCCCGAGAAAUAUGGUGGACGAAUAACCUAUGAUUCAUUAGAUCAAUUGAAAAAAGAUUACGAGGAAAACAAAUUAGCGGCACCAGAUUUGAAAACAGGUGUUGCCGAUAAGAUCAAUGAGCUUUUAGCCCCUAUUAGAGCCGAUUUCGAAAAGGAUGAGGAAUUCCAAUCGGUACAAAAGAAUGGUUACCCAGUAGAAGCACCAAAACAGGAAAAGAAGGUGAAAAAGGUAAAGAAUAAAGGUACAGGAUAUCCCGGUAAAUCAUCUUCGCCAGCAGAUGCCACAUCAGAAGCAGCUACAGCUACGGCUACGGCUACGGCAGAUCUUGCAACUGUAGAGGAUAAACUCGAUGGUGUAAAAUUAGUAUAG